AUGCUGGAAAAUACACCGUCCGAGUUCUUGACUGUUUCAAGUGACUUGGAAAGCUUGAGUGGAAGGCUCGAGAUCGUUAAUCGGAGCAUUUGCUCUCCAAAUUACAAACCCCACGGCAUUCCAACUCGACCAACUGAUAAGCCAUCCCAGAUCCUGAGAAUAACGACAAGGCGAACGUCAAGCUGGAUGAUCCAAAAGGGAUAUUGUCGCUGUUUCAGGGAUUUGGCGGCGCUUUGGACCGAGUUCGGUGAUGUCAAUAUUGAGAGGGAGGGUCGACAAUCUACUUGGGCCGUGAGCGACUCGGGAUGGUCCACAAAGGAUGGCAAAUCCGCAAGAGAGCCCAUCUUCGCAAAUAUCCCUUAUAUAGACACGCUAUUUAUACAACUGAUAAUACUAGAGAACUACUCUAACUGUGCGUAUCAUAUCAUAGAACAUAAGAACGAGUCUACACCGAGAUAUUCGCCCAUAAUACCCAAAAUUGUCGAAAUUUCAGGUGUUCGCGCGAUGCUCAAGUCAAAAUGGAGCAAGCCGGGACAGUACAUUAAUAUCAACGAGGAUAUCCAUUAUCCGACAACGGCACUGGGCGCACGCCCCAUCCAAAUCUCCCAUUUGUUCCACAACCGACAAAGACAACUUCGGGUCGAACACGACCAUUCCAUCUAUGGCACUCAGGAAGGAGAGGGGACGGAAACGGAACAGAAGGUGGACAGUGGUCAAGAAGAAUAG